AUGUUUCAAUACUCUGAAAAUAACGAAGAAUUUGACUCUCAAAACCCCGCUGUCGAUCUUUACAAUAUGUGUAAACCGAUUACAAAUACAUGGCCUAAUCCUCCUGCAGUUGAAGAUUCCUGGCUUGUGUCUCCUAUAUCUGAAGAGGUCAAUAAAUCAGAUACCAACUAUUUUACUGCAUUUUUCUUUGAUUACCAUCAUGAACUACAAGUUCAGCAGAUGAAGCUACAACAACAAUUGCAACAACUGCAGCUUCUGGAACAGCUGAUUCACCCCGGUCAUCUUCUUCCAGCGGUGAACAAUCAGCAAUCUGUAUCAUCACUGCCUGAAGCAGACUCGAAUAAUUUCGAAACAACAGGUAUUAAUACCAAUGCCAUUGUCACUAAUGAUUUUGGCCAGUGGAUCACAGAUGGCCAGACGAAUUCAUCGGUCCCAACUCUUUUUGAAAGCAGUUUAGAAAAAGAUUUUGUGGAUGAUAGCGUAUCGCAAACUGCUAGCUCUGCUUCUAUACUUUCAAUACCCACAGAUUCAUCCUCAUCUGCAGCCGUUUCGCCGCGAGUAACUGGUAGGAGAACAUCAGUUCUAUCUUCAAAUAACGUUGCUAGCAACCUUCAUCGCUACAUUUGUUCCGAUUGUGGUAAAGGAUUUGCAAGGGCUUCCUCCCUAAGGACGCAUAGGAACAUUCAUACUGGUGAUAGACCAUUUACAUGCCCAUUCAAAAAUUGUGGAAAGUCAUUCAAUGCAAGAUCUAACAUGCUAAGGCAUCAUAAAUUGCACUUCAAGACUGAUUGCGGACUUUAUAUGCUGCCAAAUGGAGAAACUACGAGCGUUAAACCUUCAAGCAGAAAAUUGUUUGCCCUAAGCAAGCAGCAGCAUCAAAAGUUCGCAGCACUACCCACAGUUUAG